GCCGCCGUACCCGGAAAAGGAAGGGAAAGGGAAGGGGCAGGGGCGCGGCGUGGCCGGCGCGGGCGGGCAGCGGCGGCAGGGCUCAGCCCGUCCCGGCGGCGGGCCAGAUUGUUUGCACUGCUAAAAAGGAACUGCAAUGGAGAGUACGGUAUCAGUUAUUUUCCUUGUAUCCUUUUCCAUACUGCUGUGUGAAAGUUAUCAUCAUGGAGUGGAGACCGUUACUGUUGUGCAUACAUCAGAGAGAGCUUUUCCAGAAAAGACAGUGGGCAUUAAUACUGACUUGGCAGGACUAAUACAGAAGUUUCACCUUCAAGAACUUUUUCAUCGUUAUGGAGAAAACAACUCUCUAUCAAUUGAUGGGUUUAGAAAACUUCUCCAGAACAUAGGUAUAGAUAAAAUGAAAAGGAUUAAAAUAGGCCAUGAUCAUGACCAUGAUCACCAUGAUCAUGACCAUGAUCACCACGAUCAUGAUCAUCAUGAUCAUGACCAUGACCAUGAUCACGAUCAUCACUUUCACCAUAAUCAUGUUUCGUUGAGUAAAAGCUCCGAGAAGACUGCUUGUCCAAACCAUGAAUCUGAUGCUAACAAAGACCACAGGAACGGCCACGUGAAGGAACCUCAUAAAGCGGAGAAUGUGGAACACCAGCAGAACUUUGUACGCAGCAAGAACACCGUUAAUGAAAUAAUGGCCUCUGUCAUCACUGCUUCUGCAGGUGGCCACUCCGAGGUGCAGAAUGUGCAACCUGGGGAAGUCAAGACAGUUGCUCGCUCAGGGCUGACCGGCCCCAAUGCCGUCAAUGUCACGGGCGGCCGCAAUGCGAGCUGGCUUGCUGUCAGCAAGGCAAAUGAAUCUCGUGCUUCCCCGAAGGAGUCGGAAGGAGGAAGUUACCUGUAUUCUAAACUGAAAAAACAAAGCACUCAAGAGUGCUCAAAUGCUUCAAAACUGAUGCAGUCACAUGGAAUAGGCACUCAAGUAUUGCUGUCUGCUACAGAAUUUAGUUACCUCUGUCCAGCUCUUAUUAAUCAGAUCGAUGGCAAGUACUGCAUAGUCCAUGCAACUAGUGAAAAAGCUGAAACUCCUCCCAAAAGUUACUCUCUGCAGAUAGCCUGGAUUGGUGGCUUUAUAUCCAUCUCCGUCAUCAGUUUUCUUUCCUUAUUGGGUGUUAUAUUGGUGCCGCUGAUGAAUCGUGUAUUUUUCAAAUUUCUUCUAAGUUUUCUUGUGGCACUGGCUGUGGGGACCUUGAGUGGAGAUGCCUUCUUACACCUCCUUCCACAUUCUCAUGGAAACCAUCACCAUCACCAUGAAAAGCCUCUAACUGAACAAAACAAAGGCUCUAUGCACAAACAUCCUGCAUUUCAAAGUACAGAGGAGAGUGCUUACCUGGAUUCUACAUGGAAAGGACUUACAGCACUUGGAGGCUUGUACUUCAUGUUUCUAGUGGAGCAUUUGAUCACUUUAAUAAAGCAGUUUAAAGACAAGAAGAAAAAGAAAAAAAAUGAAGAUGAUGGAGAAAGUAAGAAGUUUUCAGCAAAUGAAGAAAAGUUAGACGCAGAUGAUCGGCCUGAGGGCUAUCUAGGGACAGACUCUCAAGAUCCAUCAGCCUUCAUGUCUCAGCAGCCAACUGUACAAGAGGAGGAGGAAGUGAUGAUAGCUCAUUCUCAUCAGGAGGAGGUUGACAAUGAAUAUGUGUCCAGGGGCUGUAGAAACAAAUGCCAUUCUCACUUACAUGAUACCCUGGGACAGACAGAUCAUCUUAGUCACCAUCACCAUGACUACCAUCAUAUUCUGCAUCACCAUCAUCACCAGAACCAUCAUCCCCACAGUCACAGUCAGCGCUACUCACGUGAAGAACUGAAGGACGCGGGGAUAGCAACUCUGGCAUGGAUGGUGAUUAUGGGAGAUGGACUACACAACUUUAGUGAUGGGCUAGCAAUUGGAGCAGCCUUUACUGAAGGGUUAUCUAGUGGUUUAAGCACUUCUGUGGCUGUGUUUUGCCAUGAAUUACCUCAUGAGCUAGGAGAUUUUGCUGUACUUCUAAAAGCCGGUAUGACUGUCAAGCAAGCUGUGCUUUAUAACGCUCUGUCUGCUAUGCUGGCCUAUCUUGGGAUGGCGACUGGGAUCCUUAUUGGUCAUUAUGCAGACAAUGUCUCAAUGUGGAUAUUUGCACUUACUGCUGGCUUGUUCAUGUACGUGGCUCUUGUGGAUAUGGUACCUGAAAUGCUCCACAAUGAUGCCAGUGAUCAUGGAUGUAGCCGGUGGGGAUACUUCCUGUUACAGAAUGCUGGGAUUCUCUUGGGUUUUGGGAUAAUGCUGCUUAUCUCAGUGUUUGAACAUAAGAUUGUAUUCAGGAUAAACCUGUAAUCCUGGCUGCCAGAAAGACAGUUUGGUGUUAAAUUAUAACUAGUAGGGUUUUUUUCUAUUAAACUCCUUAUUGGAGAGGUACAUUUGAUAUAGACUAGAUAUUUUUAUUGGUGUGCUUUGUUGUUAAGCCGCUUCCUCCCUUCUCCCCAGAUAGAAAUGAACACUGUAAAGUUUUGGUUUUUUUUACUUGGGAUUUAGCAUUGCUUAUGGUACUGUGGAAAGUGGUACUUAGUAAAACACGGUUAAAGUGCCAAAUCGGUAUUAUCUUUGGGGUUAGGUUGGUUUUUUUACUAAACUUAUUUACUGUAUGUAAUUAUAUGUAAUGUUUUUUUACUUCAACGGUUUAGUUGGUUUAGAGAGGCAAAACAACAGUGGUUUUUAUUUUAGCACAAUCAAAAUCAGUGGAUACAAAUCACAGUGAACAGUGUAAAAUGAGAAAAAGAUGUAAUGGUUAGCAUGUGUUUAUAUUGGUAGACAUUCAUCUCUUCAUCCACCUAGUGUAUACGGAUUUGCAGUGGUGGUGCUCUCAACAGCUUGUGGUUUCCCUGUGUCUUAUUCCAGUUGGUUUCUACUCCACACAAAUUAAUAUGAAAUAAUGUUCUAAGUGUUUGCAUCAAACGUUUUACUUGUUUCAUCCCUUCUGAUACCAGUUGCUUUUCACUGAUUUGUCAAAUCAGCAACAAAAGUACAGCUAUGAAAUUGUAAAAGUAUGGCUCUAAAAUAUGUGAAUUUCAUUAAAAAGGCUUUAAAACCAGUGCUAUAUCCCACUUACAUUGCCUGAAAUGACAAAGGUGUAUUAAACCUGUUUUAUAUCAAAGGGAAGAGUGGUACAGGUUGAGAUAAAAGUCAUUUACUAUAACAGCUUCCUGAAGUAAAGUGUUGGUUUACUUUGGGAAAAUGAGCUGAGUGGGAGAGCUGCCUACUUCUAGUUCAGUAUGAUUGCACACAAACUUGUGCUCGCAAAGCAGUUAUAUUCUUUGCAAGAACUAAGGCUGAAAAAUACAAAAUACCAAAAUUUCUUUGACAGCAUAUCUAGGGAAGCAGCAUGUUAAGAAUAAUAAGCGUAGACUUAACUAUGUGGUUUGAACUUAAUAUUUUUCACGACCCUGAAUGUAACUGAAGGAAGAAGGCUGAAAAAAACAAUAGCAAAAUAAAUAAAUUCUGCAUUUGCAGGGAAGGUGAAUGUUAGACAACUUUUGUUUGAUUACUAACUAACAGAAUUAUAGUAUCUUACUAGCUAGCUUUAAAAAUCCCAGAAAUAUAACAAUUGGAAUUUAUUUCUGAUCCACUGCUUCAAAUAAUGAGCUGAAUAAGAAGUUUGGACACCACGGAAAUGUUUAAUGAUACUUGAUGGGUUGAAACAGUCUGUUGGUCUGUCAUACACUGGAAGCCAAAACCUAUUCUAUCACCUCAAAAAUAGAUGUUUUCAAUUAAUUGAGUGGUUUGAGAGUUUUUUAUUAGUUGAGAAAUGGGUAUCACAGGAGUUUUUGCAGCCAAUGGAAUAUUAGCUUCUUCUCCUCCUUCAGUCUUUUCUGAGGUUAAAAAGAUUGAGGUUUAAUCUUCUGCCCACAGUGAUGAAAUGCUGUUCAGUGCCUCCUUUGAAGCCAGGGGAUUGAGAAAGGCAUACUUCCUUCAGUGCUGCUAAUGCAUCCUGAAAGCAGCACUAAGCUGUGAUGAGGUCUUACCACCUCCCCUAUAUCUGCACAUGUAGGAACCUGUGUGUCUCUGCUUGGUGAGCAUUUGUUUGGAGAGAAGAACAGAAUUCCCUUUUGGAAGCAGUCAUUUUCCUCCUCCUAACCUAACUUUUCAUCACUAGAAGCUACUCUGGUGCUGGGCUUUCAUCUUUAGUAAGAACACUGACAAAAUGUAGGUGCAUUAUCUCCCGUCAUCAAGCAGUUUACAUUCCGUAUGUCUUCUAUUCUAUGCUAUUGCAUUUGGAUUAAGCCUCUGGACUUUUGUUAGAAGCACACCUCUGAACAGAGGAGUUGUGCCAUGGUACAACAGCCAUCUGCUAUGUUUUUAUAGCAUCUCCUUGAUCACCCAUCCUGUGCUGUCUUUACUCCUUUCUUAUAGCAGUCAUAUUCUAAUGUUCCCAAGCUUGAAUUAGUAGUAUUUAUAAGUAUGAUGAAAAAUGGAUAUAUAUCUACUCAUUGUUUCUGCAUCUUCCCUGCACUUAAACUGAUAGCUUAUUUGAACUCUCAGAAGAGAAGGUAACCUGUUUUUUUCAGUCUCAACUCUGAUGAUAAUUCCGCCCUUUGUUCUAUGUUCAUUUAACUUCAGAGUAGCUAAACUCUGCAUUAAACCCACCUGCUGAUCUUCAUCUUUCCCUUUCCACCUCUAGUGCUUGAAUACCAUAAUCUUUGGCUCAUCAAAAGCUGUUUCAUUUUUGCUAUCACCGCCUCCCUUUUAGAAAAACAGAUCCAAACAACCAUGCUGACACCCAUGCUGACACACAUACACUAAACCUGUCAAAUGGAAAUUUUUCAUGCCUUUUCCUAUACUGACCUCCAAUCUUGGCAGUCCCACCUCAUUACAGAUCUCUCAAAAUAUAGCUGCUUUUCCCCCGGAGGUGUUCCUGAUAUCUCUUUACUGGAGCUGAAUGUAUGAUUCUUUGGGGCGAUCCGAUUUCACCCUGACCUGUCUAAACAAGUCUUGCCUUUGCUAGGGUAAUAGUGCUGGUCACCAUCAGUGCUGAUGUGCCUCAGUUUGUGCUCCGGUACUGCUCCUCACGGGCAACACGUAUUCCUGAGGAAAAAAAGUCAGCAAGACUUGUCCCUUCCUUUCCUCCAGACCUCUCAUUGUGACUGUUCUGCAUGAUGCAGUUUCUGGGAUGCAGCCUCACUGUGUUCUAGCAGGCUUUGUAAGGCUUGGGCACCGUGUUUACCCAAGGUAUAGUAAACCACCAUAAAUACCGUGCACUUCAGCCCAUGGGGCUUUCACCUUCUGUCCUGCACUCUCAGCUGCUACAGAAAUUGGGCAUGCUCCACCUCUGUGGUCCUGAGGGAUUUCAGACUUGGAUGAACUCAAUUUGCUUUGAAUUUUUUACUAGCCUACAAGCAUAAUAGCUGCCAGUUCAGCUGGACUUCUGUUGUCCACGUACUGGAUAUGACACAGGAAGUGGACACGUGGCCCAGUGUUGCUCAAGAGACUUUAAGAUCAGUGACUAAAUGAUGGAGAUAAAUCUACACAUUUCAGACAGUGUUUCCAGUGGGUUCUUGGCUGGUUUUUGAUGUGCCCAACUGACGUUAAAAUAUCUGCAUAUCAAAACGCAUUGCUAAUGUAACAAUAUGAAAAAUGAAUGGCCUUUAGAGCAUGUGGGUAGAAAUGUCUCUAACCUAAAAAACAAGCAUAUUCCACCUCUUUAAUGAUUGAUGGAGAGAGAUGUCCAUGACAGACAGCUGUCCAAACUAGUAAUUGAGAAGACUAUAGACUGAAACUUGCUGUAGGUUUGUACCAGCAAGAUGACAAAAGGUUGUUUGUUUGUUUGUUUUGGGUUGGUUUGUUUAUUUGUUGUUUUGUUGUCAGCCUUAUAAAGUAGAAUCUGCAUCUGUUGCAAUGUACUCAUGUUGAAAAUAUUCGUGGUUUGGCCAACCGAUGGGGCAGAGCCUCUAAGCAGCCCUUUUAUGCAUAUAUUUUUCUGCAGCAGUUUGUAAUGUGCCUGCUGAUAUUCUGACUGAUAAAUGGAAGUGUCUGUUUUGUGUAUCUGUCUAUAGCUUAAUUAUGGUACAGACCUUAAUUUUAUAUGCUGUUACAGCUGCCUUUAGUGCCUGCGCUAGAUGCGGGUAAAUGGAAUAGGCAAACGAUGCUGGAAUCAGUUGUUUGGGUUUUUGGUAACAUGUUCUUCUAAUAAUUUUGGCCUGUAUUUGUACAGAAAAGGUGUCGUGUAGUUACUAUGUGCAGCAAAAGUCAAAACAAAGGAGUGGAAGUUCUCACCUGCCUGGCCUGUGGGGUUCAGGCGCCGGUACGGUUUCUCUGCUCCUUUGUGGCUGUAUGUGAUGGCAGAUGUGUAUUUAUGUUUAUCUAAAACACAGCGAAGGCUUAAAUGGAACUGAGAGGCUAAAAUGGAAUUCAUCGAGGCUCUCCUGCUGCCUGAACUGAGACACCAGCACAACUAAAAUUUCUGUGGAAAAUGUGGCUCAUUGUGUUUGUGUGCCAAAAAAGCAAGAAACAAAACGAUGUUUUAAUGAAAUGUGCUGUUUACUUAAGGUACCUUUUUUGGCGUGUAUGUAUCAUGACUGUUGCUGUUACCGUAUUGCUGUGUGCUAGAGAAAAUAAACCACUGAACCAAA